AGGAAAGUAAAGGAAAUAUGUCGAGCUCAGAAAAACAAUAUUCGCAAGUUUCAUCAGGAGAUGACUCAGAGUGUUUGUCUAGCGCUUCGGAGGAUAGUUUUGUAUCGGCAAUAUGGGUUUUGCACCAUACGACGAAAGUGUCGAACCGGCAGCAAACGAAGGAGAAGCUGGGCAAUACGCGAUGUAAGUCGCUGUAGAGGAGGAAGAAGAAGAAGACGAUCUUCUCCGAAGAUUCUUUGGUAAAGUCGACGUCAGAGAAUGGUUUGUAGCUAGGCUUUUUCUAUUGUAUAAUUUUUUUGUAUUUAUUCGGAAACGCGCAAUUCUAAUCACUUAUAUGGACGUCAUUUACAUUUACAGAUUUUUUGCGAUCUGUGGCCUAAAGACAAUUUGUAGGUAUGGUUUGGGUAUAUGUUGGCAUGUCAAACAGACUUCCUCUUCCUUGCUGUGUGUACAGUGUAAUGAGAUCUGCCUUUCCCAUAGCUGAAGGUCAGUAUCAUGGUUAUGAGGAAGAAGAUGAGGAUGAAUUAUAA